AUGCCAUUACAUCUACCUUCUAAAGCUAUCAACUUAGAGACCAUGGCUCAGAAACCAGUUUCGACCCCGAUGUUGUCCUCUAGUUGCAAGCAUGCUCGCUUCGGAUCUGUCCGUACCGAGCAUCGUACCGAGCGCUACAUCCCGCACCGCACCCAGUCCUCAUAUGCCGAUGUUGGUUCACCAAACCUUUCAAGAACAAAAACGAACGCCACUAUGCCGUAUCGCGUAGGUCAGAGUCUGCGAGAAAUAUUCCAGAAAAGGCCACAUCAGGCAUCAUAUCGGAGCGUCCCUUCCAUCGACACGUGUAACGGAUCCCAGGAUGAAAUAACCAACGGCCAGUGCGGCUGUAGCUCUAAGCGCAGUUCUGAAAAUUUGAAAGCUAUCGCGGGCUUUUUCGUAGGACUUAUUUUUGCAAUCAGUUUGGCUGUUGCAGUGCUCUGGUCACAAUUAGCGGCAGCUAAUACUUCAACAUAUACCGACGACUUAAAGUCAACAUCUAUGCUCAAUUUUGGCUUACACGCACCCGAAAUCUAUCUCUCGGACACGAUAGAUCCUCCACCACUCUUGAACAAAAGCUGUGGAAAUUCGGUGGCCGAGGCAAGACAGGCUGGAUGUGUGUUCGAUAUCCUAACAACCGCAUGGACACCGGCGGACUGCGUCAACUCUGGAAUCACCGAAGAAUUCCUCAAUAUCAGCACAAACGGCGUUUGGCCAUAUUACCAUGACAAAAAUGGAAAAUUUCCUCAAAAAGACAUAGCUAUACUCAAGUCUGGAGAGUGGGAGGGCGAGUUGUGGUCAACAAUGCGACUACAUAGAUAUCAUUGCUUAUUUACCUGGAGGCGCAUGCACAUAGCUUACAACGGCGGACAGCCCGCCGACACAGUUAUUCGAGGCCUUCGUCACACCAAGCAUUGUGAGAAAAUGUUAAUGAAUGGAGUUGAUCCUGAUAAGGUGACGGGGGUACAGUCUGUGUAUUACAGAAGUUGCUAA